AUGAAGACAAUUUGUCGCAUUCCCCAGGGCUGGCAGGAAUAUGCAGAUCAACUGGAUGCACCGUACGUUGACAAGCCAUGGUAUGACUUGACCAAGCUUCCUGAUCCUCCUGACAAAACGCAAUUCUGGUCCACGAGAAAGAGAGAUGUAUAUAAUGCUCUCAGAGUGCCUAUGAUAAAUGCAUUGGAAAGACAUUAUCUCUGGGGCAUCAAAGCCUACGUAUAUGCAGGUAAGCCUACGAAGUCAGAGAAGAUAGAUGCCUUGUGGAAAUGCUUCUAUUACAUGUCGGAAGAUCACUUGCCUAAGAGCUGGGAGGAGGUACUUGACAUAGAUCGGGAUGCUGGACCUCGACUGUUGAAAUGGAAAGAACUUGUUCCUGCGCCGACGCCGAUUAGUAAAUUUUAUCCGAGGUUACCUCCGGAGUCGUUCAGAUUGGACGGAGAUGAAAAUUGGUUUGUGCCUGCAGAUGCGCCGCCUGAUAUGCCAAGGACUUAUAUGCUGCAAUUCCAACUCUCUUCCAUCCUACCUGAAAAAUUGCCCUGGUCUUCCAUAUCUGGCGAAAAUUCAAACAGUGAGGAUGAACGCCAACCUAAGAAACCUGCACCGAAAAAAACCGCGCCUAAGAAUCCUGCACUUAAGAAACCUGCACCAAGUGAACCAACAGAAUUCUCUUCUCUCAGCAGUGCCUCUCCUCCCAGCAAUACUUCCACCAGGUCUCCGUCUCGAAGAAGUGAUUCUGAUCAGAACCCAUCUGGUCAGGAUCCAUCUGGGCUAGGUGGUUAUGAGGAGGGUUCGGGGCCAAUUCUUUCUCAAGGUGAAUUCUCUAGCUCUGGGGGCGGCUCCGGGCGCAGUCCUUAUGUUAUUCCAGCGAAUUACGAUGCAGUCCCUAUCCGAGAAAUCUUUGAGAAAGCCAUCAUGAACUACACAUAUCGCUGGCUUGAUCGUCAUCCGGGUGCACCAUACAAAGGACCAAUUCCUCACAGGAUAGCCGAGAAGGCUGAGGAUCUGGCGAUUGUCCAGUCUGGAGCGUUCCGAUCUGUCCAAGCCGCCAAAAUAAGCAUGAACCUUCAACUAGAUGCAGAUGGCUUUAUGGUGCCAGUACGUGGCAGGGGUCCGAUCUGGGAGGGUACCUCUUGUGCCAUAGACUGCGUGAUAGUGCUAGGCAACUUACUCGACGCUGGGUGUACCAUUGCAGACCGAGGUGACAGCGAUGGUGUCCAUUUCACCGAUCUUGAAAACGCCUUUGUCGAGGUUACCAAUAUGAACUGGGAGGCCUUCAGCGAAGAAACUUCGAAGGAACUUCGUAACGCCUUUUAUCGUAUACUGUGUAACAAUGUCCCCAGUGUUACCAUGGACAAUCUUUGCCACUCAUGGGUACCGUGGUCCGAGUGUACGAAGAACUUCGCACAGUUCAGAUUUGAUUAUACCACAAUUACGAAGGCUUGCCAUUGCAGGGGCGUCGGGACUACAGAGACCGCAGGAAACGGGCGUGUGCUGGACCCUGCUUCUCUACCCGCAGAUCGCGAGGGGGUGACCUUGAACAUGCUAUGGAGUCGAGCUUUUCCAAUGUACCAUCCAUUCUAUUGCUCAGAUUGUGGUUCUGGGCCUGAAAAUGACGGUCCAUGGCUUUACAGAAAAAUCACCAAUCUUCCCCUCCGUCUAGUCGUUCAAACAGAACCGGGCACGAAGAUCUGGCAGCACACUCGGGAUCAAAUCUUCGAUUACUUAAAUGCAGAUGGAGAAUCGUGUCAAGUAGCCUACCGCUGGCUUGGAGGGAUCUAUGGAGCAGGCAUCCAUGGACGGGUUUUCUGGGGCGAGAGUAAGCGGUUCGAAGCCCCCACCAAGGACUAUGCCAUGUACGACGGUGCGCUAGCAUCGGGAAUGAUCGUUUCCUUGCCUGCAUCUGAUGACGAAGAAAAUAUUCCCCUCGAGUGGGUGCACGACCCAUAUUGCCCUCCAAUCUUGGUAUUUGAGCGUAUAAUGAACCCCGAAACACCCGCUAUUUGUGCAGCCAUCAAUACCCUCAAUAGUGUAGGCCAGAUGGUUGAAGGAGACCAACUGUUCAAGUAUGUACACAUACCUUGGACCCCUGACCCUGGACCUCCUCUAUUCAAUUACAAAGAACGACAAUUGCCUGCUUUCGGGGGCUGUUUCCUCGAUUCGAAACGUCCCGAUCCAUUUGAGACCCUUCCGGAUGACAUUUGGGAUAUUAAGAUACCCGACUGGCUCUCUCUUGCGAAGAUAGAUCCAAACAGAGAUCUUGUGCCGAAAUAUGGUCUCACGGCAGUGGACUCUGCCUCGCAGGUUCCGGUCGAUCUGCUCGGCACUCCGCCAUCACGGGUUCCCGAAGACGUGUCACCGUUCGACUCACCUCACGUCGGCCCGCAGAGCCUCGCUGCACGUCUGGAGCUAUGGCCUCCGGGCUCUUUGGAUAUUACUGGUGCUCUGGAUUUCCCCGACCUCUCCUCACGGUCGGAUUCUAGAUCAGGUAGUGGCUCCUCCCAGGGUGGUGGCCGCCCUUAUACCUUGAGAGAGUACUUCAAUUCACUGAGAGUCAAUAAUCAGAGCCCGAGGGGAGGGCAAGGUGCCCAGACACAAGGAGGAGAUAGCACGGCUUCACAAGAGACCCCAAGUAUUACAGAAGAAGAAGUACAAGAACUCUUCCAGCAGUUUACGCACGUUGCUGGCUCCCACUCAGGAAGUCCUCCUCCUCCUCCACUCUACAGCUUGUACCCCAGAAAACGAAAGCGGGCCAUGCGAGAAAUGGUUCUCAUUGAAAACGCUAAAAAUGGGGCAAAGACGACGAAGGGGGCAAAGGUGACAAACUCAGGGAAGAAAGGGAAAUAUAAGAAGGACGCCACGAGCAAGAAGCAUCGUGUUGAGACGCUGGAUGAGGGCCGGUUAAAGCGAAAGGCAAAGACAGUCAGGUUCGAAUAA